GGCUUCUGGGAUGGCUUGUCCACUUGUCCUCCUCUAGGGCAAGGUGAUUUCUGGGUGGAGAGACGCCUGGCUGCCCGUCACUCAGGGGCUGCUAAGGCAUCUUGACCUCUCCUAUUCUCUUCCCAGGGAGUUGAUGAGCAGAUUCCACACGUAGCUGAGCAAUGCCACAGGAGAAGCAGCAGUCUUCACAGCCUCCCAAGGCUCCUCAGGGUUCCCCUGCCCCAUGCCCAAGCCCCUGCCUAGACCUCUCCUCUGCUCCUUGUGGGAUUCCCUGUUCAGGAGUUUGUCCUUCCCAGUCCCAAAGGCCUGGAGCUCAGAGCUCAGCCCGCGUCAGGAGGGCUCGCCGCCAGCCUCGCUGCCUCAGCGGUGGCAGGACCUACCCCUGCAAAGAGGAGGAGUGCUGAGGAGAUCCAGCGAAGGAACAGGUACAGCUGCUCCUCCUCAGCCUGGGGUUCUGA